AUGCCUCCGAACAAGAAGAAGAAGAACCGCCGCAACAAGGUUGCAACCCAGAAUCAGACCCAGUCCAUUCACCACCCAAAGACUGUCUCUUGUCCUCGCUGCAACGAGGAGAUUGUCGUGCCCAAAACUUGCAAGCACGGCAAGAAGCUCAUCAACUGUCAAGGAACCGGUUGCACCACAGCCCAUCUUGACGAACACAAUGCGGAUUGUCGACCAAUUACCCCUUCCAAACCUGCCAAUAUGCCACCCGGAAUACCAAGAAGAACCUCUCGAAGAGCCCCUGGUGUGAUAGUACCUCCCUCGACGCCAGUUGCGCUUGAUCCAUCAGUCUUGACUGCUCAAAGUCCACUAGAUUCCAUGUGGGCCAACGGACCGUCAAACAUACCAGUUUCCGAUCGCUUCCCUGCCCUUUCGUCUACUUACACUUUAGCGGUGGAAGAGUUGUCAAAACAACUCGCCACACUCAAAACCCGCCGUGGCAAGCAGCCGAGAUACGUCCAGGGCAUACCAAUAGACGAGUGGUUUCAGGGCCUGGAAGAAGGGAGUGCCCAAGAGGUCAACGAAUGGACCGAGAAGCUGAAGGAUUUGGUUGAAGGCAAGAAGACGGCUGAGGAGAUCGGAUAUGAUGAUGAGGACAGUGACGACGAAGGGGAUGGAUGCGCAACACCAUCAGAGGACGAGUGA